AUGGCCAUCGCAGAACUUCUUGGAGUUGAAUUCGACAUGCAGCUUCUGCUCAAAAUGAGUCUUUCUGUGGCGACUGUACUUCUGGUUUCACUGGUCUACAGGUUCUACAGCUCUAGGAGUACAGAGGAAAUCCAAGUCAAUCAUUGUCAAGAACCACAGACCUGUAAAAGAUGCAAGACCCAGCUGACUGAUGGAACCAAUGAUGACCUACUUGGACCUUCGUCAUCUGAGGACGACAAACAAAACACUACAGAAGACAAUCCGGUUCAGGAUGCAUCUAACCUGUCAAACUGUGAUCAACACUUCAGCAAAGAGGCAAAUGUACCUUCAACAAGUGGAAGAGAACUGAACCCUCCUAAUCCAGCAAAGAGUGGGCUAUCAAGUACAAAAGGCCGUCGCUCUACUAGCUUUUUAAAGAAAGUGGAAGGUGGUAUGGGCGUAGGUAGGGAACUAAGGCAAGAGUUGGAACAACGUGGUGUCUACUCUAGCUUUAUCUCCAAGUCAGAGAUAAAGGUGGAGGAUGCAAAGCUAGUGCUGGACCAUCCAAGUGACCAAGUAGUGUAUGGUAAGAUAUACGAAUACUAUGUGGAAAGUUCUUCUCACUGUAGUACAAACCCAAACAACAUUGUGGGUCAGAAUGAAACGGAUUCUGAGCCACGGCAAACAGAGAUUGGAAGCCAUAGCAGCAUCCUAAUGGAAUCUCCUUCUUCUGUGGACUUUGACAUUACUGAGGAAUCCUCCUUACUUGGGAAUCCAAUGUCGACAUCCACACCCUUACGCAAGCAUAGCUAUCUAGCUGCUGCGGAGCAGUCAGCACUGCCAAGUCCAGUGUCAACGUCUUGCAGCUCAACCAGUGCUGGACCUCUGAUCAGUUCUUCCAUAAACAAUAAACACCAGAACGGCAGCAAAUGUCCUGACCUAGAGGCUGUCUUAUUGAACCGGUUCGUUCACCGAUCAGACGUGGAAAACCUCAAAAGUCAAGUGGAUCUGGGCAACUGUUUGGAGGCGCUUUUUUUGGCCAAAAAAUACGACGAAAGGUCAGUGGUGCAAGCAGCCGUCGAAGUUAUGUCCGACAACUACCUGCAGGUGCUCCUGGAUCGUGAUCUUUACGGGCGUCUUACCGGUGCCGAGCGGGAACUAAUCAGGAGGCAGAGAACAAGUGGGAGAAGAUUCAUUGUCGUGGCAGAUAUGAACCCCCAAGACUCGUCAAGUGACAGCAGGGCGGUAAAAAAAAAGCCGAGUGCCUUGUAUUACUAUGAUGACUUCCAGGACACCUGGGAUAAACUUUGCUCCAUUCCACCAGAGGUCAUCAGCAAUGCUUGUGGUAUGUGCACAAUGGAUAACUACUUGUUUGUCGCCGUUGGAAUGGAUAGUGAAGCGACACCUUCCAAGCGAGUGUUUUGCUACAACCCUCUCACAGACAUUUGGAAGGAAAUCAGUUCCAUGAAUGAAGCCAGACCACGUUGCAAACUCGCCGCACUGGACGGAUACAUUUACGCCAUCGGCGGGGAGUGCCUCACGUCAGUGGAGCGUUACGACCCGCAUUCAGACAAAUGGACAUUUGUGGCCCCUCUGCCUAACGAUACAUUCGCCGUGGCCCAUCACGUGACGGUGUGCAACAGGGAGCUGUUUGUGUCCGGAGGUACUAUUCGCUACAUGCUGCUGCGCUACAGCCCCAAGAGCGACACCUGGAGGGGGAGUCUUCUAGCAGGCAACAAAGACAGGACGGCAGACCUGGUGGCCGUAGGACCCUUUCUGUAUCGGUUUGAAGUCAAUCCUCUGCUAGGGAUCAGCGUGUAUCGCUACCACACCGUGGCCCGACUGUGGUACCAGUGCGACACAAAACGCCUUCCCAACUGUGCCGCUUUCCAGUGCGUUGCGAUGGACGACAACAUUUACUGCGUCAGCCGUCACUUCACCUUGAGGUUCGAGGCCGACGAAAUCUCUCCGGCUUUCGCUAAGGAACAUUUGAGCAUCUCUGUGACCAACGGACUGCUUUUUCCUUUUGUCCUGUCGCUCCCUGAUAAAAAGCCCCUGCAGACCAGCGUGUAG